AUGGAUACACGGAUAACAAUGCUACCAUCCCUCACCGAAGAUCAUUCUCUGAGCGUUCUUUGGAUAGUGCUCCUAGCUAUAGUUCUGUACAACUUAACUAUUGCCUUGUACAACGUGCACUUCCAUCCCUUGAAGAAUAUUCCGGGACCAAAGCUUGCAGCAGCAAGCCGACUGGUGUGGGCAAAACAUAUUCGUGAUGGCAAUAUAGUCAAAUACAUCACAAAACUGCAUCAAAAAUACGGGGAAGUAGUCCGUCUUGCACCAAAUGAACUGUCCUUCAUCAGCGGAGAAACAGCCUGGCAGGAUAUCUAUGGCCUGCGUAUUGGUAAACGAAACAAAGGAGCAUAUCUGAAGGACCCAAUGUUUUUUCCAUUGCCUCCUAACGGCGUCAAUUCUAUCAUUGCAGCAACUGAAGAGGACCAUGCUAGGCAACGCCGUCUCGUCUCACAUGCGUUCUCUGAAAGAGCGCUACGUGAGCAGGAACAAAUUAUCCAGAGAUAUGUUAACCUGCUGAUCCAGCGAAUGCAUCAGCAGGUUGAGGGGAAAGCCAGGGGCAGAGUCGACAUGGUCAGAUGGUACAACUAUACAACUUUCGACGUCAUCGCUGACCUGACUUUUGGAGAAUCGUUCCAUUGCCUUCAGAACAAUGAUUAUCACCCUUGGGUCUCUAUGGCUUUUCAGGUAAUGAAGUCGUUUGGUAUUAUCUCCCUCAAGCGCUAUUUCCCAUUAUGGGCUUGGAUCACAGGUUUGUUUCAGACACCCACGGCCCUCAAGCUUCGCAAGAAAUUUUUCACCUUCGUGGACGAGAAGGUUGCUUCCCGUCUGUCCACAGAGACAACUCGCCCGGACUUUAUGAGCUUUAUUUUGCGGCACCAGGACGAAAAAGGGAUGUCAGUCAAGGAAAUGGAGUCUUCUCUGAACAGUUUUAUGAUCGCAGGAAGUGAGACGAGUGCCACAACACUGUCUGGCUUGACUUGGUUCUUGACCCAACACCCUGACAAGCUGCUGAAGCUAGCAGAAGAAGUUCGUGGGAGGUUCAAAGCUCAAGAAGACAUCACCAUCAAGGAAGUUAUGCAGAUGCCGUAUUUGGUCGCAGUCAUUAAUGAGACCUUACGGCUCUACCCGCCGGUGCCCACUGGGUUCCCCCGAGUCGUCCCGAAGGGGGGCGACUUCAUUAGCGGACAUUGGGUGCCAGAAAAGACUUCAGUAUAUGUCACACAGUAUGCUGCUAAUCAUUCCAGUCGCAACUUCACUGAGCCCAGCUCCUUUAUACCAGAGCGUUGGCUCGGAGAUCCGCGGUUUUCUGGUGACAACUUCGCUGUCUUCAACCCAUUUUCGUAUGGGCCGAGAAACUGCAUCGGCAAGAAUCUGGCGGCCGCGGAAAUGCGUCUUGUGGUCGCGAAGAUGAUCUGGAAUUUCGACUUGGAACUGCAUCCUGAUACAAAGAACGAUUGGAUAAAACAAAAAGUGUUUGCACUUUGGGAGAAGCCCCCACUAUUUGUUCAACUAAAACCGAGACGAAUAAGUUAA